AACAUGGCUGCGUCCGUGAGACAACGCGAACUCAACUCUCAAGAGUUAUCUAUAUAAAGUUUUAUAUGUAUAUUCUGAAAUAGGUCAUUUCUAUUUUGUUUAUCAUGGGCGUCGUAAAGCAUGUCGUGUGUGCCAUGUCAGGUGGCGUCGACAGUUCAGUCUCGGCAUUAUUGCUUAAACGUAGAGGUUACUAUGUCACAGGAGUGUUUAUGAAAAACUGGGACUCUCUGGAUGAGAAGGGGGUGUGCACUACCGAGCGGGACUGCGAGGACGCCUAUAAAGUGUGCAGACAGCUAGAUAUACCCUUCCACCAAGUGUCAUAUGUGAAAGAAUAUUGGCACGAAGUGUUUAGUAAUCUUUUGAAGGAGUACCAACGGGGAAGGACGCCAAACCCAGACAUAAUAUGCAAUAAGUACAUCAAGUUUAAACACUUCUGUCAGUAUGCCCUUGACUCACUGGGUGCCGAUGCCAUGGCAACGGGUCACUAUGCAAGAACCUCCCUGGAGGACGAGGACGUCUUCCACCAGAGGCACGUUCCACCUCCUCCUCAGACGCUGUUCCGAGACCGCUUUGAGAUCCGGAACCCUGUGAGACUGUUCCAGGGAGCCGACAGCUUUAAGGACCAGACGUUCUUCCUCAGUCAGGUGUCCCAGGAUGCUUUGCGUCGGACGAUCUUCCCCUUGGCAGGUCUCACUAAGGACUUUGUGAAGAAGAUGGCCGCUGAGGCUGGUUUUGGUCAUGUCCUAAAGAAGAAAGAGAGCAUGGGGAUCUGCUUCAUUGGGGAGAGGAACUUUGAGGAUUUCAUCUUGGAGUACCUUGAGCCCAAGCUUGGCAAUUUCGUCUCUAUAGAAACAGGAAAGGUCAUGGGAACACACAAGGGCUGGUUCACCUUCACACUAGGCCAGAGGGCCCGGAUAGGUGGCCAGCGAGAUGCCUGGUUUGUGGUGGACAAAGACAUCACCACCAACGACAUAUUUGUGGCACCGACCACAAACCACCCAGCACUUCUGAGAGACACACUGCGUACAGAUCGGUUCCACUGGAUCGCCGAGGAACCACCGGCAGAGCUCGUCAGGACUAAAAUGAUGGAAUGCCGGUUCCGUUUCCAGCACCAGAUGCCACUGACUCCAUGCACAGUGACACUCAACCAGGACGGGAGUGUGUGGGUCAUGACUGCACAGCCUCUGAGAGCACUUACACCUGGACAGUUUGCGGUGCUGUAUAAGGGGGAUGAGUGUCUGGGCAGUGGCAAGAUCAUGAGUCUGGGGCCCAGCGAGUUCACCCUGCAGCAGGGUCGCCAACGCCUCACCACACGGGCCCUCGGCCCCAACACCACCGCCCAGACCCACACGGACCCGCUCGCCCAGAACAGCACCACCCAAUCGGAUCCUCUUACCCAGAAUAGCACCACCCAAACGGACCCGCACACACAGAGCAUCACCACCCAAAUGGACCCGCACACACAGAGCACCACCACCCAAUCGGAUUCUCUUACCCAGAACAGCACCACCCAAUCGGAUCCUCUUACCCAGAACAGCACUGCCCAAACCCAAACGGACCCGGUCACUAAGACCAGCAGCAGCCAAUCGCAGACCAGCACACCAGGAGAGGGGGAGAGAAAGGGCACAGACUGAGAGAGAGAGAGAGAGAGUGUGAGAGUGAACAAGUGAAUGCGAUGGUGUGGGUGAGUGAAAGAAUAUUAGAUAUUCUUAAAGGAGAAGUGUGUGUGUGUAUAUAUGUAUGUGUGUGUGUGUGAGAAUUUAAGAGUGUGAGAGAGAGACACAUACACAGUGUAAUAUGCAAGUAAUAAUCCCAUCACUGGAAAGGAAAACUUAGCUCCCGAAUCUCGGGUUCCUUAACGAGGGUCCCUACGGAUAAAUGUGUGUUGUGUUUAACACGAUACCAAUGCCAAGUGGACUCCAUACCCUGAACCAGAACUGGACCAGUCCAGUCCAGUCCAGUCCAGUGUUUCGGACUCUGUGUGAACGCAGAUAAUAAGGGAACAUUUAAACACCUGUGAAUUGUUUUGCGUUGUCCUUUGCACGUCACUUGUUUUGAGAUGCAUAGAGUGGGCUGUGUGCUUUGGACAUCUCAAAUAGGAGAACCUUUGGGUGAAUUGCUGUUUGGAAAUGUAUUAAUGCAAAGUGCCUUUUCAGUGCAUUGUUGUAAAUAGAAAAAGAAGAGACGUGGUGUUUUAAGAUGUGAUUUUUAGUUCCUAUGUGAAACUGCAGGGCAAAUGAUGUACCUUACACUCAAAGGUGAUGAAGCCAAGUGAUUAAAACCAUUUCAGUGUGUAA